AAUAAUAAUAAUAAAAGACGAGUUUUUUGUCGAGGAUUAAACUUUAAACAGCAUUAAGCUUAACUUAUAGAUUCCGCAGUUUAAACCGAAGAAUUCCAGAAUUUACAGGAAGUUCUUGGAAAAGGAUCGGUAACAUCUUAGUGAUUAUUUUACGAAUAUUGAAAGUUUCGAGACACAGCGACCGAUUUAUCGAAUGUCAUGACGGACGUGAAUAGCAACAAAGUGUCCAACGAGUCUUCGAAAAAGUCGCUCGAACUGGCGAAGAAGGAGUUACGCGCGAUAGUGACGAAGAUUGAGGAAACAACACUUCCUAGCAGGUCUGUGAAAUUGUUUCGCGCUCAAUGUCUUCUUAGACCCGGAGGAUCGAAGUUCCGCAGGAGACACCUGUGGAUCUUGCUGAUCCUCGCGUGGAUUCUAGGUCAAUUCCUCUGGAAUUACGUGCACACCGUUCGUUACGACAAGUGCCUAGCGGAAGUACCUUCGUUCACGCAGAAAGUAUUCCGGCCAGCCGAGGAUUGUUCAAUGUGUCGGGACGUUCAACAGGUUGACAGGAUAUCCAACGUGGAUCCUGCCAUUUUUGAGGAACGAUAUGCGUAUUCAGGAAGACCGGUAGUGAUUACGGAUGCCAUGACUAACUGGACAGCAACGGAAACAUUCUCGUUUUCUUUCUUUAAAUCGUUGUACGACGGAGAGGACGCGAAUUGCCAGUUUUUUCCUUAUAAAACCGAGUUUAAAAGUCUUCAGGACGUGUUCGAUAUGAGCGCUAGUCGAUCAUUGCUGGAGAAAGGAACGAAGCCAUGGUACGUGGGCUGGAGUAACUGUGACGAAGAAAUUGGCGGUGUGCUCAGGAAACACUAUCAAAGGCCGUAUUUUCUGCCUGUCACUGCAGAAACAGAGAAGACCGAUUGGAUUUUUAUGGGUAGCCAAGGAUAUGGGGCCCCUAUGCACGUGGACGACGUGGAACACCCUUCGUGGCAAGCUCAGGUCAAGGGUGAGAAAUUGUGGAUGUUGGAACCACCCAGAGAGUGCCAUUACGCUUGUUACAGGUUGAAAGUCGUAGUACAUCCUGGCGAAAUAAUUGUCCUGGAUACCAAUCGCUGGUACCAUCAAACGGUAAUCGUUUCCGAGGAGAUGAGCAUCACUAUCGGAGCAGAAUACGAUUAGAGGAAGCUACAGGGACGUUCUAAGGGCAUUUCGAUCGCUACGACAGCCUUUAACGACGAUACGUGUCACGAAGAUCAAUAAAGUUGUUUUGUCUUGAUAUUCACGGGUCUGUCAGCCUGCGAAUAA